AUGAAAAAUUUCAGCGCACAUUCUUUACUUGUGAAUUUAUGUAACGCAUAUAAAGCCCGGAAAGUUAAUGGUGAUUUGUGUAAUCGAUUAUGUUUUGGUGAUGAUUGGGUUAUUCUUCAUCUUUAUGAAGGUAAUAAGGUAGUAAUUACGCUCAAACUAUCUAGUCAAGAAGUGGUUUUAAAAAGCCAGCAUGCAACUAUCGACGAAUUUGAACAGCUUGAUCCACGAAUCUUAGAUAUCGUAAACUACAAUCUUCGCUUAGGUUGGCCUUCAUAUUAUAAAAAACAUUUGAUGGAAAUAAUUUGGCCUAUGUAUGCACGAAAAAAUGGCUUUUUGUCAGAAUCAGAUCGUCGCUCACUAUGGACAUUGGUAUCGCAGGAAGAAUAUAUAACAUUUAGAAUGCUUCCAUUAUCUCGAGUCACGCCAAAGGUAAUUGGUACUUGUGGUCAUUUUUACCAAGUGGAACAUCUAGUUCCUUUUCGGAUGAAAGGAUAUUAUAUGAAUUUGAAAGCUAAAAUCUUGGUUCAUUUAAUGGGAAUGCUAAAGCUUUUUGACGAAUUUUUAAAUGAACCAUUACAGUGGUGUGAUGUUAAAUUUGACAAUCUUGCACUUGCCGCUGAAUAUCCCAAACGUUUUAUGGUGAUGGACGCUGAUAUGCUUUAUACGAAAUCGCGUUUGGAUUCAAUUUUAACUUCUCGUCAUUGCAUUAAUGAUACGGAUUGUUCUUUUUUUGAUUGUGAAUCAAGAUGUAAUACCACUGUUGGAUUUUGUUCUCGAAGACUGAAUAAUAAUGUUGAUGUUAUGUGUAAUAAGCUAGUUUUUCAAUUGUUUGGUAAAUUUUGGACAAAAUCGAAUCGUUAUUUAGCAGCGUGUCAUGAUAGGACAAUAUCAACUGAGCAGCGACUUGCUGACUUGCGACUGGCCUGGUCGUGGAAUCUUCCCGAUGUUUAG